AUGACUGGUAUUUCGGAUUCAUUCGAAUCGAGGAUAGCUGCUCGCCGUAGGAAUUUCAAAAAGGCCUCGGGCGAUGCCAAUGAUAUGCGUCGUCGCAGGGAGGAUGCCACUGUGCAAAUUCGCAAGAAGGAAAAAGAGGAUCAGCUGGUCCGACGUCGUAGACUAGGCGUCGAAACCGAGGAGAAAACACAGGCGGAUUUCAAGACGCCGAGUAAAUCGGCGACUCAUGUUGGCUUGAAGGAGGAAGAUAUCCCAGCGUUGAAAGCGGCACUCAGUGGGAGUGACGAGGCGGCUGUGAUGGAGGCUCUGGUGUCCUUUAGAAAGCUGCUGAGCAGAGAGGACCGGCCUCCUAUUCAAAAUGUCAUCGAUGCUGGGGUGUUACCACGCUUUAAGGAACUGCUGGACAACCCUAUGUCAUCUAAGAUGCAGUUUGAGGCCGCAUGGGCGCUCACUAACAUUGCUAGUGGCAACCACGACCAGACUCUGACGGUGGUUGAGCUCGGUGCUGUGGAGUCAUUUCGGAAGCUCCUAUCGUCGAAGAAUGCUGAACUGCAAGAACAGUCUAUUUGGGCGGUCGCGAACAUUGCUGGCGAUGGACCAGGUAUCAGAGACCAAUGUUUGAGACUUGGCAUUCUCCAACCCUUGUUGGACGUCAUUCGUGCUGGGCAGAGUAUCGGCCUAGUGAGACUGGGCACAUGGGCGUUGAGUAACUUCUGUAGAGGAAAGCCGGCGCCUCCCCUUGAAAUUAUCUCACCGGCUCUGGCCACCCUGGCUAUGGUCCUCGGUCUUGAUGAUAGAGAGGCUCUGACGGAUGCAUUGUGGGCGGUGUCGUACCUAUGUGAUGGUCCUAGUGAGAGGAUAGAGGCAGUUCUGAUGAGCGGAGCGAUACCGCGUAUUGUGCAAUUACUAGGCCAUGAUAACCCUUCGGUCCAUACACCAGCACUACGUGCAAUCGGCAAUGUAGUAACGGGGGAAGCUCACCAGACAGCGGCUGCGGUUGAUGCUGGGCUCGUGCUCGCUCUGAAGCCUCUGUUACGGAGCUCUAGGAAGAUGAUACGGAAAGAGGCGGUCUGGACCCUGAGUAACAUCUGUGCCGACAAGGACAUACAGAUUCAGAAGGUUAUUGAUAGCGGUCUGUUGGCCGAGGUGUUCGAGAUGAUACUUGGUGCGAAGGAGCACGAGAUUCGUCGAGAGGCUGUCUGGGUGGUCUGCAACCUCUGCACCGGUGGUACGCCGGCACAGGUCCGCUAUGUUGUUGAUCACUACAAGGCUAUCUCGGCUAUCUGCACAGUACUGAACGUGAAGGACUCCAGAAUGGUCCAAGUCGCGUUAGAAGCCAUUGAGGGCAUUCUCAAGGUGGGGUCCGAGGUACAGGAGAAGUCGGGCGCGAGCGUGAACCGCUAUCUGGAGUUGUUGGAAGAAUGCGGCGGCCUUGAUAAAAUAGAGGAGCUCCAACAGGACAGCAGCAAAGACGUUUACGAACGGGCUGUUAGCAUUUUAGAGGGUUACUGUGAAGUUGAGGAGGAGAAUGGGGGCUUGGGGAACGGCAACAUCAUGACCGAUGGCCUGGGCUCAGUUCACCAGCAGGAACUGCCACACUUCGCUUUUGCAUGACUGAUUCGCGAGUAAUUCACACCGUCGUAAGCAUCCACCCCGCAGUAGGG